CCCGCAUCACAAUAGACUAGACCAGCAUUAAGCUCCGCCCAUCAAGCCUUUAGCUACUUGAAGCUCGACGCCAGCCUACAUUGUUUAAUAUCAGUAACUGAACGAAAUUAGCAUCUAUCAAAGCUGCCAGAACGAGGUCGGCUCUCAUUGGUUGAACGCGGUGUCUACUUUCCGCUCUGCAAUCAAUAACACAUGGGGAGAGAGCUGAAAUAAGCAAAAGAGCGUUAGUUACCAGUUGUUAUAGACGUAUGUGUUUGGACUCUUCUGAAAAAAAGAGAAGAAAAACCCAAAAGGUUUUUUAACAAUUUUUUGCUUAAGAACGUUUCGGAUAAAUCAGACACCAUUGAAAGGCUACACAGUCUCGGACAUUUUAUUAACUAUAAUAUGGAGACCGAUCUAUCGAAGUCUUCUUUAGCCCCGGGGUCAGGCCCGCAAAGCCUAGGCCAGCAAAGCAAUCCGGGUGCUAAUGGACAAGGGAACCAAGGCGCUUCUCAGUCGCAGAAGAACAACCAGGAUCGGGUUAAAAGACCUAUGAAUGCUUUCAUGGUCUGGUCCCGUGGACAGAGGCGGAAAAUGGCACAGGAAAAUCCUAAAAUGCACAAUUCGGAGAUUAGUAAACGACUUGGCGCCGAAUGGAAACUAUUAUCCGAAUCUGAGAAGCGACCCUUUAUCGACGAAGCUAAACGCCUACGUGCGAUCCACAUGAAAGAACACCCUGAUUACAAAUACAGACCCCGGCGAAAGACGAAGACUCUUAUGAAAAAAGAUAAAUACGCGAUACCAGGAAUGCCACCAGGGGCUCCAGUUCAACAGGUAGGCCGAGAGAUGUACCAGAUGAACGGGUACAUGCCAAACGGCUAUCCUAUGAUGCCCCCUGAUCCGAACGCUUACCAUCAACACAUGUCGAACCCAAUGUUGGGCGGACAAUAUGGAUAUAACAUUCCAACUCAACCCAUGUCAACACAGAUGACCACCGGUUCAUAUAUGAACGGCAGCUCCAGCUACACCAUGACAAUGGCCCCAUACUCAAUGUCCCCAUCUCAGGUGCCUCAAAUAAAGCGGGAACCUAACCCAACGGGCCAACCAUCUCCGGCGAAUCGCUGUCCAACGGGAGAUUUGCGGGAGAUGAUAAGCAUGUAUUUACCUGGGGAUAAUACACCUGACCACACGGUACAGAGUAGAUUACAAAUGCAAACACAGUAUGCUCAUGCGACAACGACUGAGGGAGGAGUAAAUAACACGGUCCCCCUUACACACAUGUAGGACAAAGACACUCGCUCCAGGACCUAUCACAAGGUAUGGAAUUCACACUAUGUACAGCCCCACCCCCCUCUAUACACACAAACACACUCUUGGGGUAGGCCCUAAAUGAACUUUUUUUUUUUUUUGGAUCGCUAUUUUCAUUUCAGAUCCAACAAA